UCCAAUUACCGACGAAAUUGCUGUAAAAUCGUUCAAAAAAUAGCAGCAUAAAAGUAUGACGGGUGCAGCGACUAACGGAGGCGAAGCCCUCCGAGCGGGAAUCGCAUGAAUUACGGACAGCGUAGCACUUGCUAGUCAGAAUUAGCUGGCGUUAGCUAGCCCGGGUAGCAGUAGCAUGCGGAAGAAAGUCUUGCGUUGAGACACAACAAACUAACACAUUUUCAUGUCCGCGGUAUCCGUCCAAAGAGUUGCAGUGGGCUUUUCUCUGAAAACUGUUGCUAAAGCGAUGAGCUCCGCAGCAGGAACGUCAUCCUCCGAGCACUGUCCAUCAGGCACACCGGAGACGCACCCCGGCUACCCGCAGAGGCUCCAGCGCCUGUCAACGGUGCCCGGCUCCUGCCCGAGCCGAGUCAACGACCUGCUGUUGCUCCGGCCUGCAGACCAGGGCCAGGAUGGCAGUCGAGAUGCCCACGUUGCGUUUUUCCACGGGGAUAUUCAGAAUUUCCAGGAGGAGAUGGCUCUUCAGACCGAGGGAGCCCAGUGGCUGUCUUGGAGUCUUGAACAAGUGGCCCUCACCCUGGGACGACGCUUCCCUGACCGGCACAUCUGGGUGGUCCGGGCUUCUCGCAUGUACCUGCACAAGUUCAGCUGCUACCAGAAUUUUGUGGAGAGCAACCUGUUUGGGGCGCCGGAACACUCACCAUACUCACCGGACUUUGGAGCACUUCAUCAUUUGAGAGCACUUCUCAGUCAUGGCAUGAAGCGAGCCAACCUGAAUAACCCCCUUCCACCACCAGGCGGCGCUGAUCCCAUCCCCCCAGGAUUUACCCUUUCAGUGGUUGGCUUCAGCAAAGGCUGUGUAGUGCUGAACCAGAUGGUGUACGAGCUAGCAGGGGCUCGGGCAGACCCCCAAAUGUCUCCAUUUGUUAAUCGCAUCUCAGACAUCUACUGGCUGGAUGGCGGGCAUCCUGGGGGCAGUGAGACCUGGGUGACAGACAAGCAAGUCCUGAUGGAGCUGGCUGCAAGUGGUGUGGAAAUCCAUGCCCAUGUGACACCUUAUGAGGUGCGUGAUCCAAUGCGAGCAUGGGUGGGCCGUGAGCAUGGACACUUUGUCAAAACUCUGGAGGAACUUGGUGCCUCCCUGAACCAGAAGUUGCACUUUGAGGAUGAGCCUGCCUCCAUUGAGAACCACUUCCGAAUCAUCCAGGAGUUUUGAGUUGUACUGUCGCACUUUAGCUGGUGUGGUCAU